AUGUUCGAAUUUUUCAACAAGACAUGGGAAUCAUUUCAACAUAAUUAUCGUUGUAGCGGAAUGUCGCUGUGCAGAGAUCCCAAAUUCCAAGACCUAAAAACAUAUGUCGAAUGUCACGAAAAGGAUCAACUAAGCAUUUAUCAACAAUUGCUGAGCGACCCCGAACGUUUCAAUAAAUACACUCGUUUUAUUGACACUCCUGAUGGUACUGUGCUGUUUGACUUCUCCAAACAUCGGAUUUCUGACAUUUCUUUCGACAAGUUGAUGGACGUGGCUCGCUCUCGUAGUGUGGAAGACAUGCGUGCGGCCAUGUUCAGCGGCGAACGUAUCAACUUCACCGAAAAUCGUGCCGUACUUCACAUUGCACUUCGCAACAGGAGUAACACACCAAUCCUUGUCGAUGGGAAAGAUGUAAUGCCAGAUGUAAACCGAGUUCUGGCUCAUAUGGAAGAUUUUUGUAAUCAAAUUAUCAGUGGAUCUUGGACCGGUUACACAGGACACAAGAUCACCGAUGUUGUCAAUAUUGGAAUUGGCGGCUCUGAUCUCGGUCCUCUGAUGGUCUGCGAGGCUCUCCGACAUUAUCAAAUUGGGCCCAACGUUCACUUUGUGAGCAAUGUGGAUGGCACUCAUAUUGCUGAGGUUACCAAGAAGCUCAAUCCAGAAACCACAUUGUUCAUUAUUGCAUCGAAGACCUUCACCACUCAGGAAACCAUAACUAAUGCAGAAACAGCAAAGGAAUGGUUCCUCAACAAGGCGGGAGACAAGAGUGCUGUUGCCAAGCAUUUCGUAGCUCUUUCUACCAAUGUCCCCAAAGCCACGGAGUUUGGAAUUGACCCCUCAAACAUGUUUGAAUUCUGGGAUUGGGUAGGAGGAAGAUAUUCCCUGUGGUCGGCGAUUGGUCUCUCUAUUGCUGUUCACAUCGGAUUUGACAACUUCAGAAAACUUCUAGAAGGUGCACAUGCGGCGGAUCAACACUUUGUCAACGAGCCCCUCGAUCGCAAUUCAAAUCGUAUAUGGUGCGAGAAUACAGCCAUGCGGCGUGCUACGCGGUAUGACCAAUAUCUUCAUCGGUUCGCCGCCUACUUCCAGCAAGGUGACAUGGAAAGUAACGGAAAAUUUGUGACCAGGCAAGGCCACCGAGUGGACUACUCUACUGGACCAAUUGUGUGGGGUGAACCCGGCACCAACGGUCAACAUGCGUUCUAUCAACUCAUUCAUCAAGGCACUAGGCUGAUUCCCUGUGACUUCAUAGCUCCGGCUAGAACACUUAAUCCAGUUCGUAAUGGCUUGCAUCAUCAGAUUCUUCUCGCCAAUUUCCUAGCGCAGACGGAGGCAUUAAUGAAGGGUAAGACCCAUGAAGAAGCAGAAGCCGAGUUAAAAGCUGCAAAGACUCCAGCUGAUAAAAUAGCCAAAAUUCUUCCACACAAGGUAUUCGAAGGAAACCGUCCGACAACGUCGAUUGUGCUGCCAGUAGUUUCUCCAUUCACUCUUGGUCUGUUGAUAGCUUUGUACGAACACAAAAUCUUCGUACAAGGAGUAGUUUGGGACAUCAACAGCUACGAUCAGUGGGGGUAA